AAUUUAAUCAUGCAGCAACUCAACUCAUCAAAUGGCUUGCUCACCGCUACUGUCUCAACUGAAAUCCUGUUUGGCAGCACUGUACUGUCAGUUUGCUUCAUACUGGGAGUCCCUGCCAACAUAGCAGUAAUUAUACGUCUUACUGGAUGGGCCAAGGAAGGCAGUUUCACCCCGAGACUGAUGCUAAACCUGGCCAUAUCAGAUCUGCUCACUCUGCUUUCUCUGCCGGUGUGGAUUUGGGCUCUACUUCAUGGCUGGGUCUUUGGCUUGGUCCUGUGUAAACUUCUUUCCUAUUUGGUGUACUUAAGCCUGUACUGCAGCACUCUGUGUGUGAUUUUGAUGAGUGUCCAGAGAUACCUGCAAGUUCUACAUCCAGACAAAUGGAACAAGCUUGGCAGAAAAGGAAAGAAGAUUCUCCUGAGUGGGAUGUGGAUGUUAAGCGGAGUAUUAUCUUGCUAUGCUCCCGUACAGCGCACUGUAAACCAAGGCAGGGAGGAAUACCUUCAGUGCAGUCUAUGCUAUAGUAACGAUGCAGAAAGAGUGGCUACUUCAAUAUGGGAGAUUAUACUAUUUGUCCUUUUGUUCCCCACGCUGAUUUACUUCUACUUUCAUCUUUACCAGGGAGUUAAUACGUCAGCUUUCUUCAGCAGUCGCUCAUUGACAAAACUGGUGACCAGAAUUGUUGCGUGUUUCUUUAUUUUUUGGAUCCCGUUUUACAUCUCCAACAUUGUGAUCAUCACUGCUGUGUUGCUGAAGAAUAACAAGCUUUUAGAAUUUGCAGAAUCUGGUCAGACUAUUACUACAGCUCUGACUUUCAUUAACAGUUGUGUGAACCCCUUCCUUUAUGCCUUUUCUGCUCGGGCUCCACGACAGCAAGCAGCUGGAACAGAAAAUGCUUAG